GGCGAAAUAUGCCUCCUGCUACUGCUGCUCCCGCAACCGCCUCUAUUAUUUCCACGCCCACAGAGCGCGUUCCUUGAUCUCGAGGCCUUUUGAGUGCUCGGCGAUCCGUUUGAGCUGUUGGAUAUGGAGGAGCCGGUACCCCGCGCGCCUCAGCCGGCUGCGGCUGUGGUGGUGGCGCCCAGGCCCAAGUCGCCGCCCAAGUACCCCGACGUCUGCGGCCGCCGGAGGCUGCAGCUCGAGCUGCACAUCUUGAACCGCGAGAUCGGUUUCAUCGAGGAGGAGUUGCAAUCGCUCGAGGGAAUUCAACCUGUUUCCAGAUGCUGCAAGGAGGUAAACGAAUUUGUGGAGAUGAAACCAGAUCCACUGAUGCCUAUAAAUAAACGGAGGCACAAAUCGUGUUGCUUGUGGAGAUGGCUGCGGUCAAAGCUAUGCUUGGACUUCUCAUGGAUUUGCUGCUUAAGCUGUUGGGGAGAAACAUGCUGCAGCUGCUCAAAAGUCUCGUGCAGCUGCAGUUGCUCAAGCUUGUCAUGCUUCAGACCUCAGUGCAGUUGCUGGAAUGCUUCCUCCUCCAGUCCUGGCUGCUGCAAGUGGUGGUCUUCCCGCUUCAAACCACGGUGUUCCAGUUCAUGUUGUGAUCAGCCAUCAUGCUCCGAUUCAUGUUGCAACCAACCACUGUGCGGUAGCAGGAGGCCUUCUUGCUGUCCUCAACAAUGGUGCUGUGGCUGCUGUAGACCACAAUGGUGCUGUGCCGGAAGACCUCCAUGCUUCGGAUCAUGCUGUUUCCGAGAUUGGUGCUGUAGUCUGAGACCUUCACGCCCCACAACCUGCUGCCGUCUUCCAAACCUCUCCGGUCCUCAAUGCUCCUGUGGCUGUUCCUGGUCCUGCUCCAAGUCUACAGGAGGAUGUCUAUAUUAAGAUCAUAACACAAACUUGUAUUCCUUAUAAUGUGGAUGAAUCAAUGCAUAAUGUUGAGACAUUGUGAUCAAUAAAUGCAUUAGUCCCUCCUGCCUUUCAUUUGGAUUCACCCAAACAGUUGUUCUUCAGGGAGUAAUAAUUUACAUUUCUUUUAGAACUCCUGUAAUUGU